AUGCCGAAUAGGCUUGCUGAAAAACAGUCAGUGACGUUGUUAGGCACAUUGAAACUUGGAAUCCAAGAUAUGACUGGCCAAUUUAAAUGCUUUCGAGCGCUUGUGGAUCCAGGCUCACAAUUGUCCUUUAUCACCGAAACUUGUGUUCGGAGUUUAGCCCUACCGCGCCAACGGUAUCAUUUACCUAUAAAAGGUUUGUCUCAAGUACCUGUCAACGCAACUAAGGGAAUUGUUAACUGUCUCCUAAAACCUAAACACCAGAAUCAACCUACAAUACCUGCUACUGCUGUUAUUUUGGAAAAAAUAACUUCGCCACUUCCAACUUGUUCGAUUUCUUCUGAGGUUAGAGAAGCCUUUCAGAAUUUGGAUCUUGCUGAUGACGAAUUUGAUGUACCGGGUCCAAUUGAUUUUCUUCUUGGUGCCGACUUGUAUCCCGACAUAUUCGACGGCGGGCGGCUACAAUCGCCUACAGGAUUUCCCACACCUUACCACAGCGUUUUUGGUUGGGUUCUUAUUGGAAAGGCUCAAAUCAACUUACUUUCAGACGCAACAACGUACGCCUCAAGCCUAGGCCUAACCUCACAUUUAUGCACCUUUGACAACAAUUCUCUUGACAUUCAACUAAAGCAGUUUUGGGAAUUGGAAGAAUUUCCUAAAAUCUUUCAUUCUAGUGAUAAUGAUAAAUUUUGUGAAGAUCAUUUUAUCAAAAAUCACACUAGGGAUCCUGAUAGUGGUAGGUACAUUGUCAAACUGCCCUUUAUUGAAAAUGCUCCAGAAUUAGGUUCUUCAUACCAAAACGCUACUUCCCGUCUUCGCUCCUUGGAAAAAAAACUUGCUGCUCAACCUCAAUUGAGAACUUCGUACAACGCUUUUAUGGACGAAUACCUUCAAUUAGGCCACAUGCGCCCGAAUAAGAACAAUGACCCUCCGCCUCAGUAUUUUAUACCGCAUCAUGGUAUAUUAAAGGAAUCAAGUCCCUCUACCAGGUUUCGCACUGUAUUUGACACCUCUGCUGCCUCAUCGAACGGCAAGUGA